CGGGCCGGCGCCUCGGUGCCGCAGCCCUGCCGAGCCGGGGGGGGCCGCGCCGCCCGCACCGGGCGCCCAUGGCGGAGCCGCGGGGGGGGAGGAAGCGCUACCGGCGGCACCCCAAGCCGCCCUACUCCUACCUGGCCCUCAUCGCCCUCGUCAUCCGCGCCGCCCCCGGCCGCCGCCUCAAGCUCGCCCAGAUCAUCCAGGAGAUCAGCAGCCUCUUCCCCUUCUUCGCCGAGGGCUACCAGGGCUGGAAGGACUCCAUCCGCCACAACCUCUCCUCCAACGCCUGCUUCGCCAAGGUGCUGAAGGACCCGGCCAAGCCCAAGGCCAAGGGCAACUACUGGACGGUGGACGUGAGCCGCAUCCCGCCGGAGGCCCUCAAGCUGCAGAACACGGCCGUGGCGCGGCGGCAGGCGGCCGCCUUCGCCCGCGACCUGGCCCCCUUCGUGCUGCGGGGGCAGCGGUACCCGCGCCGGGCCCCCCCGCCGGCGGGGACCCCCCCAUCGCCGCCGCCAGCGCCCCACCGCAGCCCCUUCUCCAUCGAGCGCCUGCUGCAGCCGCCGACGCCGCCGCCGUCCGGACCCACCGUUCCCCCCCGGACGCCCAGCGCCGCCCCCCCGGCGUGGCAAGGGCCCCCCCCCGGCCUGGCCUUGGCCCUGCUGCCCGCCUGCUUCGCCCUGGCCCCCCCCGCCUGCCGCGCCUGCCUCGGCCCCCCGCCGCCCCCCCCGGAGCCCUGGGCGCUGCGCCCCCCCCGCUGCGCCCCCCCGGGGCUGCUGAGGGGCUGA